CGCUCGGAGUAGAGGUACGGUUAGUUAUUUGAAACUCUCGUCCACAGUGUUGGUGGUUUUUGGAAGGCAGAAUCUGCAGACCGUGCAGGAUUUAUCUGCUUUGUCGUGCUCGCUGUAUCGCGAAGGAGUAGGCUAGCGUGGAGAACUAGAUUUGUGCCUACUACAACUGUUUCAGCUUACAGUUAUUCGCAAAAUCAAAAUGAGUGACGGCGAAUGGGAGGAAGAUGAGACGCAGGUGGGGCGUGCUUUUGGUGAUGAUGAACAAUUUAAUGAUUCGGAAGUUACCAACGGCAACGGUUACAGUGCCCAUAAUCAGAAUGGGUUCGGUGGUCGUCGUGGAGAUGGCGGCGGACGAGGCGACCGUGAUCGUGCUGAUCGUGGUGGUGGCGGCUUCCGUGGAGGAAGAAAUGGUGACGGAGGCUACACCGGCAAUGACCCCAGUAUGGAUGAGGUAAAAACGGACAAACCUCGCGAAAUUUACAUCCCACCACCACCAACUGAGGAUGAAAACGAGAUCUUUGGAUCAGGAAUAUCUUCAGGUAUAAAUUUCGAGAACUUAAAUGAAAUCGAGGUGAAGAUUUCGGGGGAAAACCCACCAGCCCACAUAGAAUCGUUCGCCCAGUCCGGCCUGAACGAAGUGCUGUUGAAUAAUGUGCGCCGAUCGGGAUACAAUAAGCCGACCCCGAUUCAAAGACACGCAAUACCAAUCGUCCUGAAAGGGCGGGACAUGAUGGGCUGUGCCCAGACCGGAUCGGGGAAAACAGCGGCCUUCAUGUUGCCCAUGAUCGACUGGAUCCUUGGCCAACAGGAUUUGCAACUCCACCAUCGUCAGCCGUACGUUCUGGUAGUAGCACCGACGCGCGAGCUCGUCAUUCAAAUCCAUGACGAGGCGCGCAAAUUUUCGCACGGCACUGGACUCAAGGUGGUCUGCAUUUAUGGCGGUGCGGCAUCGACUCAUCAGUUGCAGAUGCUACGGGGCGGUUGCCAGAUAAUGGUGGCGACACCGGGGCGAUUGCUGGACUUCAUGGAUCGCGGUGUGGUGUCAUUCGAGAAAGUGAAAUAUGUGGUACUCGACGAAGCCGACCGCAUGCUAGACAUGGGUUUUCUGCCCGCGAUUGAGAAGGUGAUGGGAAACGCGACGAUGCCAUCCAAAGACCAGCGCCAAACUCUGAUGUUUUCGGCCACAUUCGCUCCCGAUAUUCAGCAGUUGGCGGGCGUGUUCCUGAAUAACUACAUCUAUGUUGCCGUAGGCAUCGUCGGAGGGGCCUGUGGUGAUGUAGAACAAGUAGUUUAUGAGGUAGAGAAGUUCAAAAAACGGAAAAAACUGGAGGAACUUCUCGGUGAAGGGAACGCUCGAGGAACGCUGGUGUUCGUCGAAACAAAAAGGAGCGCAGAUUAUCUGGCUUCCUUAAUGUCGGAAACUAAGUUUCCGACUACAUCGAUCCACGGCGAUCGCCUGCAGCGGGAGCGUGAAAUGGCACUGAAAGAUUUCAAAGAAGGCAGAAUGGACGUUUUGAUUGCGACGUCGGUAGCGGCUCGUGGAUUGGAUAUUAAGAACGUAUCGCACGUCGUUAACUAUGAUUUGCCAAAGAACAUAGACGACUACGUUCAUCGAAUUGGCCGUACAGGCCGUGUUGGCAAUAAGGGACGAGCGACAAGUUUUUAUGAUCCUGCUGCGGACUACGCCAUAGCAGGGGAUUUGGUUAAGAUUCUGCAGCAGGCGAACCAAACGGUGCCAGACUUUUUGAAGCAUCUGGCUGACGGAGGUGGCGGAGGUGGAGCGUUUAAUGGUUCGACCUUUGGUGGUCGGGAUAUUCGCGAUACUGACGGGUCUCGUAUCGAUGCUCAACCGGCGCAGCAGGAACCCGAGGAGUUAUGGUAAACAAUAAGUAGUACCGUGGGCUACUACAUGGUUCUUGUAGAGAACAUUCCUUGAAUACUUUUCAUUUCUAUUUCUUGAUCUUUCAAAGAACAAAACCGAAUGUUGUGUUGAAUUUCAAAUUGAAUUUGAUUAAAUAUUACUAUGUAAUAAAAUUGAAUUAAAUAUGUUAUA